GUUUCAGUCAAAAUGAAGAAGAAUUCCACAAAUUUGCGAUUACGGCUCCCUGCUCUAAUUUUUGCAUCAGAGGUUGUGAUUGUGGUCCUCUAUGCUUGCUUUGUGACCUAUGAUGAUCAUGCUAAUGCACUUCUACAAAACAACCAGACACGGCACAUGGAGAAUUCAUUUUAUCAAAACUAUCCGUUUUUUGCUGACAUUCAGGUGAUGAUAUUUAUUGGAUUUGGCUGCCUUCUGGCCUUUUUCCGACGCUAUGGCUUUGGUGGAAUGGUUUUUAAUUUUUUAGUUGCUACAUUCACCAUUCAGUGGGCAAUUCUGAUUCAAGGAUUCUUUCAGUUUUUCUAUGAUGGGAAGAUUCAUCUUAGUGUGCUGAACCUGAUUAAUGCCGAGUUUGCUUGUGCUGUUGUGCUCAUCUCAUUUGGAGCCGUGUUGGGAAAGACGAGCCCUGUGCAACUCUUGAUCAUGGCCUUGCUCGAGAUCCCUCUGUUUGGUGUCACAGAAUGGGCUGUACUGAAAUACCUGAGGAUCAAUGAUGCUGGUGGCUCGAUUCUUAUCCACAUUUUUGCCUGCUACUUUGGUCUGGGUGUCACAUUUGUCCUGUAUAGACCAAGCCUAAAUGAAGGACACCCAAAGGUGUCCACAAGUUACCAAUCAGAUCUGUUAUCUGUAAUGGGAACCCUGUUCCUCUGGGUGUUUUGGCCAUCUUUCAACUCAGCGCUGACCUUCAAGGGUGACGACCAGCACCGAGCCGUUCUGCACACAUUUAUAGGUCUCAGUGCCUCAACAAUUACUGCUUUUGCCCUGUCCAGCAUGCUAAGUAAGAAUGGUAAGAUCAGCAUGGCUGAUGUGCAGAAUGUAACAUUGGCUGGAGGUGUAACUGUCGGCGCCUCAGUGGACAUGAUGAUUUCACCGGCUGCUGCUUACGUUCUGGGAGUCAUGGGGUGCUUCGCGUGCAUGCUGGGGUACAAAUACCUAAGCCCAGUCCUGGCACAAAAGCUGCGAAUACAGGAUCAGUGUGGCAUACAUAACUUGCAUGGACUAACCGGACUCAUUUCCAGUCUUGCAGGAAUCUGUGCCAUCCUGCUGGCGACCGAGGAAACAUACGGCCCCAGUCUUUAUGAGACUUUCUCUCAUCAAGCACCUCCUGAAGGAGACCCUCAGCUCAUGGAGUUACAACAAUUGAUCCCGGAUCUGGAAGCAGGCUUGGGCAGAAGUGCAAAGGAACAGGCCCUCUUUCAGGUGGCUGCACUGUUCGGGACCAUUGCCGUGUCUGCAGUAGGGGGGAUGCUGACUGGUGUAGUUCUCAAGCUACCAUUUUUGGCUUCACCCUCAGAUGAGCAAUGCUUUGAUGAUGAGGUCUUCUUUACUGUUCCUUCAGAUUACGACUGUGUAAAUGUUCUCAGUGAAACAAGGAAAGCUGAGAAUGAAUGAAGAAAGAUAAAAGACUACAGCUUAGUAGGAGCAUCAAAUAAAGGAAUAUCAAUGCUGGACAAUAGGCUAAACAACAUUAUGAGUACUCUAACUCUGCUUGGUGAUUGUACUUACAAAAUAAGAUUAUUUCAAUGUUUGCUAUCAAAGUAUAAACUGUACCAUACAUUUGAUUUUCAUACAUAUUUGUUAAAUUAAUAUUUUUUGAUCUAAUGUUUUUCUAUAUUCUGUCUAUAGUUAAUGAUUCAUUUAUUAUUUUGUGAACUUUUUUAUUUGGAAUUAAGAGAACAUGUAUUUUAAAUUAAAAUGUAAAAUCUGUGUGAA